CAAGGGCUACUGUCGAUUAGAUAUAAAGGAGAUUUCUUGGAAAAACAAGACAAAACAUAGCAAUUAUGAGGCAAAUCAUAUAUUGUAUGAUAAACAUUGAUCUAUAGAGUUGAAAACUGCUUAAUAAAUAAAAGAAGUUUGAUAAGUUGUUAUAUGGUAACAUAUCUUGUUUAAAUAUUAUUUCAGAUAACAAAAAAAAAAGGUAGCGGAAGAAUUUAUUGAACUAAUGGAUUGUUCUUGUAUCGAUUCAUAUACAAAAAAAAGUUUUAAGGAAUAAAAUUAUCAGCCAGUGAUAAGAUAUAUUCUUUUGCAAAAUUUAAUGAAUCAGAAGAACAGCAGUAUUAAAAAUAUCAGAAUAUAAGUAUUGAAACCACCAGUAAGAAAUUACAAUCAAAGUUACAUACAUCUGAUAAUACUGUAAGUGAAAAUUGCAGCUUAUUAAAUCAUAAUAGUAUAUCCUCGUUUGAUAUGAGGUAUACCUUAAGAAAAGUUUCAAAAUCAAAGAUGGGAUUAAAAUCUCCAAAAUUACGUUCAAAAUCUAAAAGUCCAAUAUUAAAAAGAGUUCCAAAAUCAAUGAUGGGAUUAAAAUCUCCAAAAUUACGCUCAAAAUCUAGAAAUCCAAUAUUACUAAAGUCAAAGAUUCCUACUUUUACAGAUUUGCAUUGCACUAGUAGCAAAAUGAGCUCACAACUAGAAAACAGUAAAAAUAUACUUAUGAGCAAAAUGUUAAGAAAAAAUGCAUUUAAAUUGAAAAAACCUAUAGUAUUACUGAAAAGACUUUCUGACAUUAUUAAAAUUACAUCAUCUUCAUCACUACCGAGGAUAAGCAUACAUAUAAAUGAUCAAUUUAGCAAUAGUAAUAUAAAUAUUUCACAGAAGAUAUUUGAUGCCAUAUUUAAUCAUUCUCGGACUAUAAGUCAUAAUAAAAUUAAACAAAUAAAUAUACCAUAUAAGUCGCAAACGCGUUUUCUCGAAACAUCUCCGCAUAAUAAAAUGAUUAGAACAUUUGAUAAUGUAAGUACAGCAUUUGUGGAACCCUUUAUGUCUUCUACACCAAAGGAGAAAGGAAUAUUUGAUAGAACGAAUAAUAAACGUAAUACAAGACAGAUAUCAUAUAAUGAGGACACAACUUACGAAUUAAACGAACAAUGCAGUACAUUAAACGUUCAAAAAAGUAUUGCAUCAACAACAGAAGCACAACAAGGGGAAGUAAAGAAAAAAGAUGAUACCUAUGAACUUGUUGAACCUAAGACUCCAAAUUUGCGGGAGAAACUAUACAAAAAACAAAGAACUCAGUGUGAAAAUUUUGAUCAAAAGAUACGGAAAACGGAUGCCAAAGUACGUUUUGCAAACUGUUCGUCGGAUUAUAAAUAUAAUUCAUCUUUAGCAGAUUGCAAUAAACAGAAAAAGCUUAAUAAUGUUAAGAAUAAUUCAUCUAAAAACAGUUCAAAAAAGAAUAUUAUGAAGUCGCUGACUAGAGAUUCUCAUAAAAAAUCAAAUUCCAUCCCCAAAAUUGUAGUAACAACACCAUCCCGCAAUCAAAUUCCAGAUUCAAAGCCUGCUACAACGAAGAAAGUUCCAAAUUUCGCUAAAAUCCAUAAAAAAAUAUUCGCCAAAGCAGAGUCUAUUAUUGAUGCAAGGAAACGAGUAAUAGACAGAUAUACUGAACUGACCACAAGAAAUGAAAAGACUGACUCACGGGGUGAAAAUCAGUUAUCUAAUACAUUAAAUAAAAAUUCUUACAAUCGAUUUGAAUUAAAAAUAAGAAAAUUGGAAGCUACUGAUUGUAUCAUGAGAAAUAAUACUUUACGAGUAACAAGAAACAAAGAGCAAAGCAGAGCUAUUUUGAAGGGUGUACGAACAAAUCGACGUUUUGAGCUUCAGAUGAAUUUUAGGAAUAUGAACCAAUAAAAUAAAUAUAAUUAUGUUAGGUAAUUUAUAUUAUCAUAAGAAAAGCUCUUGUGCUAUUUAUUUCAUUACGCUCUCUAAUAUCAAUAAAUGAAUAAUAAAUGA